AUGACGGCAGCAUCCACAUCGUCACCGCUCGCCGCGGGGGGCUCGGCCGUCUUUGCGCCUGCCCGCUUCGAAAAGCUCCACCGCCUCAUCUCCGACGCCGUCCAGAACCCUGCACGCCUCUCGCGCUCCAACGACUGGUACAUUGCGAUAGACCGCAACCGCGCCGAGCUUGCAGACCUGGGACGCGUCAAGCCCCGCAACGAUGCUGAACGUAGGGAGAUCGAGUCGGGCAACAUCACCGUCGAUGGCGUCUCGCAGUCUCUGAAUGCCGACUUCGCGCAGCAGACGCUCCUGCUCGCACGGGAGCUCUCUGUCUCGGAGCGCUACGCGGCCUCGCUCCUCCAGGCCGGCAUCUCGGGCCGAGCGCGCUGGGGUCGUGGAGCGACCGAGGUGGCGUGCAUCCUCUUCCACCGCGAGAAGCUUGCGCUGCUCGCCUGCCUCAAGGACCUCUUCCGCAAUGCCCUCACCUUGCCGUUCGAGGCCGAGGCCGAGGCGCAGCAGCUCGGCACAAAGAUGGAGCAGCUGGUCGAGUCCCUCAUCGGCAUGGAGGUCCGCAAGAGCUCGGCGGCGGCGGCCGGCGCCAAAGCCAGACUCACACUGCCCGAGCGCAUCCUGGCCGAGAUUGACGCUGUCAAGGAGAGCAUGGACCGCGUGCACGCCUCGUUGCAGGCGGGCGGCGGCGGCAACGCACACCCGCAGCAGCAGCAGCAGCAGCAGCAGCAGUUUGGCGGCAGCCUCUUCGGCAUCGGCGCUGCCAGCAACAAUGCCGCCUCCGCACAGCAGGGAUCUCGCCUCGGUGACGAGAUUCAGCUCGAGCGCCUGGCCUGGCUGCAGCAGGAGCGACGCGAGCUCGGGCACAUGCUCUACCUCCUCGCCGUCUCUUCGCUCCUCUCGACUCCCAGCAUCACCGCCCUCGUCCGCUGGCUGGCGGCCGUCAAGCCGGAGCAGUCCGACGAGAUGAGCAUCUACGUCCUCACCGCGCUGCUCGGCGCCAUCGAUACCAACCCGGACGCCCGCGGUCCCAUGGCCGACCGAGCGGCCCGCGGCACGCUCCGGCGCACCGUCGACAGCCUGAUGGACGACGACUCGUUCAUCGGGUCCACCCACAUCGAGAUCACAAAGAAGCGGUGGGGCGAUGGCGAGCUCAACAGCGUCGUCGCACUCCAGUGGUCCAUCUUCCUCGUCGAGGCCUUUUCGCGCAACCCGAGCUUCCGUGUCCACAUGUCGAUCGGCGAGGAGCAGAUCCAGGACCUCGUGCUUCGCGCCAUCGCCGGCUCGCCGCUCUCGCGCGACAGCGCUGCAGGCCUGGCCACGGGCAGCGCCGCGGGAGAGGGGCCGCAGGGCGGUGCCUUCGUCUACCUCAUCGACAACGUCAUGGCCUUCCGUCAGAGGGCGCUCGAAAGCCUCGACGGCGCCGAGGAGGAGGCGGGCGAUAUCGACGUCGUGCGCUCUCCUGCCGACGUCGACGGCCGCGGAGCCGAGGAAGAGGUCGACGCCGAAUUCCGCGAAUACGUGGUUCAGCAGGUGCAGAACCUCGUCCUCAGCACCACGACCGUGAUGCUGACGCUGCUGCGUAAGCUGCAGAGGUCCGAGGAAGAUGCCGCGUUUGCCAUCUCGCGCGGCCAGACCGGCCGGGGCGGCGGCGCCGCCGUCACCCACCAGACGCGUCGGUACGACAUCGAGGCCCUCUUUGACCUGAUUGCGCUCCUCUGUCGCGGCAGGCCCGAGUCCGGGCUACCCUUCUGGAUCGGCCACGACAAGCGCACCACCCGCUUCCUUUCGUGGGCCGUCGACGUGCGGGAGCACGGCCAGCAGCGCGCGUUGCUCCAGAUGCUGGCGGCGCUGUCGUCCGGCACCCAGAGCGCCAGCCAGGCGUACGCUCUGCUCGACCAGGAGAGCGUCGGCGGCGGCUCCGAGGGCCGCCUCGUGUCCUGGUCGCGCCUGUUUGAGUGGAUCAGCUAUUACGUCGACACCUUCCGCCAGGCCCAGGCCGAGGCCGCAGACAAGGCGGUGGCCGCCAGCGUCGGCAUGCCGCCCGAGGAGGUGGUUCUGCUCAAGGGCUUCCUCCAGCUCUUCCGCAACGUCGUCUACUACUCGAGCGCGGCGCGCGACUCGCUCCACCAGAACACGGCCUACGCCGCCCUCGACCGGCUCUUUGCGCUCUAUACCUGCCCGAUCCCCAUCGACCUCAAGGCGUCGGUGCUCGACGCCAUGGCCGCGUUCGCCCACAACUCGGUCCGGUCCGGCUCCAAGUUUUCGUCGAUCGCCACCGACCUCUGGAACCGGCUCGACUCCAGCCGCGUCAUCGAGGGUGUCGAGGCUGCGCAGGCCAGGGCCGGCAGCGUCCGCCAGCCGGCAGAGGGUGGUGUGCUCCUCGAGCUCGAGCACGAGGAGACGCCCCAUCGCCGCUUCCCAGGCACCACGAGCUUUGUCAACUUCCUCAAGGCGCUCAUCCAGGUGCCGCCGCAGCCGCGCGACGUCGCCGGCCUCCUGACCGUGCAGCCAAUGUCGGCCUCGGCCAACCCGUUCAGCUCCAUGGUCGGCCUUCCGGGCACCCAGCCGUCAUACGACGUCGGCGGCGCGCAGUCGCAGCAGCAACAGCAGCAGCACCUCCAGCAACAGCAGCAGCGCGGUCGGACCGUCGAGCCGUACGUCGCGUUUGUGGUCGACCACGUCUUCCUCAAGGCCCGGUCGCGCGAGUACACCAAGUCCUCGGAGCAGUGGCGCAUCAUCUCGUCGUGCCUCGACUUUAUCGAGCGCGCCCUCAACUCAUACGACCUGUCGGCGCUGCUCGCCGUCGACGAGUCGACCGGCUCCGAGGCGGUCUCGGAUCCGGCUGUGCUGGCCCGCCUCGCGUCGCACCCGGGCUUCUUUGUCAUGAAGCGCCUCCUCGUCGACGACCGGCUGAUCCGCGAGGUGCUCAACGUGCUCGUCCCCGGCGGCGGCAUGGCGGGCUUCGAGGCCAUCAACCAGAACAAGGCCCGCACCCUCUUCUACCCGGCGGCGGUCAAGCACGCCCUGCGCAUCGUCCAGAGGGUGCUGCGGAUCCAAAACAUCUUCCUUCAGCUGCUGGUCCCGACGCUCAAUGAUGCCCCUUCGCUCGGCCUGAGCCUGCCGUUUGACGUCAACGCCCGCGUGGGCAACCCGGGCGCCUACACCUCGCUCGACAACCAGCUCCUCCACGCCCACGAGAGCGUCGUCCAGAUCGCCCUCUAUGUCAACUGCCAGCGCGACGACAUCGCCCUCCUCUCGGUGCGCCUACUGUCGCUCAUCGCACGCAGCUCCGCCUUCAGCGCCGUCGACAGGUUUGCAGACAUGGGCUACCGCCGCAAGAUGAACCGCCUCGUCGGCCUGCUCGAGAUGAGCGACGAGGCCAACCGCGUCCGGGCCGGCUUCGUGGGCCGGCUCGAGGCCGAGCCCUCGGCCGACCCAGACGCAUCCGACGCCUCGGUCCAGGCGCUCCUCGCGCUGGCCGGAGAGGACGACGACUCGGACGGCCAGAACAGCUCCGAGGUCGACGGCCUCGUCGCACCGGCCAACGACGCCGUCGAGGCCAUCCGGCUUGCCAUCCUCAACCUGCUGCUCUCGUGCACGUCGCUCGAUCAGGCCGCGCCCAACGUCGCCCACCUGCUGCUCGGUUACGACCUGCGCGCGCUCAAGCCAGAGGAGCAGGUGAUCGCCGACCCGGACUCGCCCGACAGCCCUCCGAGCGCCCUCCACGCCAUCCUCGACCUGCUCCGCCCCGACGAGGCCGGUGCGGCCUCGAGCUACCUCAGCCUCGCCGAGCGAUCGCCCGGCCUCGCGGAAAAGUGCUACGCGCUCAUGCUGCGCCUCUGCACGCAUCCGUUCACGAGCUCAUCGACGCUUCGCUACCUGCGGCAGCGCGAAGACUUCUUCGUUGCACAGCUGCGCACCAUCUCGCUGCUGCCGGCCGAAAGGACGGCCGCCGAGUCGAGCUCCUCUGCGCUCGGCCUCGUCCGCUUCCCCGACGGCGAGGCGGUGCCCACAACGGUUGACUCGCUGGUGGCCUCGCUGCGCCUCCGCGGACACAUUCUCGAGCUCGCCGCACUCGAGCUCCACACCCUCGUCAAUGCCGGCAUGCCCUCACGCGCAUCCAAGCUCGUCGCGGCGCUGUUCGGUGCCGGCGUCACGGUCGGCGGCGCGUCGGAGCUCGAGGAGCAGCAGGACGAGGUGCUCGCCUUGAUCCCGCAUCACAAUUUGGAGGGUGCCGUCGGCGCCCAGACCUUUGGCGGCGUCCGCUUCCUCGAGAUGCUGCACAGCCUCGACUUCCUCUGGAGCGACGAGCGCGACGCCAUCGGGCAGAGCAUCACCAUCGUUCGGCCCGAGCAGCUCGACACUGCCCGCCGCGCCGACGCCGACGUCGGCCCGCGCGUAUACGACCUCAAGGCGGUGCUGUCGAUCCUCUUCCGCGAAAAGGCGGUGCUUCAGCAGCAGGGCGCGCUGCGCGAUGCUGGCCAAGGCGACCCGUUCAUGCAGCAGUCGGCUUUCGUCCUGCACUGGGCCAGCGCCCAGAAUGCCAAGCGCGCCAUCGCCCACGCGCGGAGGCGCUCGCUGCAGGCCUGGAGGCACACGCUCGACAUGGUCCUCGCCCGCGCGACGGGACUCCUCCGCCCCGAUGCUCGUGCUGCGCUCAUGCUCGAUUGCCUCGCCGCUCUGCUGCCCCGACUCGCUGCCCCGACGCAGGAGGCCGACAGCGACCCGGCGCUCGCCGACCUUGUCGCCGGUGCGGUCCUGUCGCUCCUCACGUCGCUGCGCCACCAUCGCGCCGAGAUGGCGGCCGGCGCCUAA